AUGAAAGAAACAGAAAAAGUGGAAGAGGAUGAAUUAACAAUGGAAUUAGAUGGUUCUAAUUUGAGAAGUGGUGAUUUUAACCAAGGGAAAGACGAGGAAAAGCCUUCUGAAGAUCCAGUAGAAGUUGAACGUAAAAGGAAGCGCAAACAUGAAAGGAAGUCAGAGAAAGUACAAUCAGUUAGCGCUUUUCAGCUGUUUCGUUUUGCAGAUAGCAUGGACAUUUUACUGAUGAUAGUUGGAAUCAUAGCUGCAAUAGGUCAUGGAAUGUGCCUUCCACUAAUAUCCAUUGUCUUUGGUGAGAUGACAAAUGGCUUUAUAUGCCAUGCACAGUCUUCAAAUGCAUCAUUCAUGAAUAUCCAUUGUUUCGAUUCCAGAUUUUCCUAUUACUAUGCUGGAACUGGAGCAGUAGCACUGCUGUGUGCUUACGUUCAAGUUUCCUUUUGGGUUGUGAGUUCAGCAAGACAGAUACGAAGACUCCGAAAGGCAUUCUUUCAUGCUGUACUAAAAAAAGAUAUUGGCUGGUUUGACGUUAAUCAAGUUGGACAACUCAACACACAUCUAACAGCUGACAUCAAAAUCAAUGAGGGAAUCGGUGAUAAGAUUGGACUUUUGUUCCAGAACAUAGCGAUUUUCGCAGGAGGUCUAAUUGUUGGUUUUGCAAAAGGAUGGAAGCUGACCCUGGUAAUUCUGGCCGCCAGUCCCCUCCUUGCAUUCUCAGCUAUGCUAUGGUCCAAGCUCUCAGUCUCAUUCACUAACCUGGAGAUGACAGCUUAUGCAAAAGCUGGAGCAGUUGCAGAAGAAGUGUUGGGGGCAAUCAGAACGGUGGUUGCCUUUGGAGGCGAGAAGAAAGAAACUGAAAGGUAUUAUAGAUGUUUAGGAAAAGCCAAAAAGAUUGGAAUAAAGAAGGCCAUUACAUCCAAUCUCGCUGUUGGGUUUGCUUACUUUGUAGUAUUUGGAUCUUAUGGAAUUGGAUUUUGGUAUGGAUCGACUUUGGUUCUUGAGAACUCUGGAUACUCCAUUGGUACUGUCCUUACUAUAUUUUUCUGUGUCACCUUUGGAACAUAUUCCAUUGGUCAAACAGUACCAUAUGUUGAAGCGUUCUCUAAUGCCAGAGGAGCUGCAUUUGAAAUUUAUAACAUUUCUAGAGGAGAUAAAAAAUCUGCCAUCGAUAAUUUCUCAGAAGAAGGUCACAAACUUGAUCAAAUUAAAGGAAUAGUGGAAUUUAAGGAUGUGCAUUUUAACUACCCAUCACGGCCAGAUGUAAAGAUUUUACAAGGCCUAAACAUGAAGAUUAACAGUGGGCAGACUUUAGCUUUGGUUGGAAGCAGUGGCUGUGGAAAAGCACCCACCAUUCAGCUGCUACAGAGGUUUUAUGAUCCACAGCGAGGAACGAUUACAGUUGAUGGCCAUGAUAUACGGUUACUAAAUAUCAGACAUAUACGAAAAUACAUUGGUGUGGUCAGCCAAGAGCCUAUACUUUUUGCCACAACAAUUGCUGAAAACAUACGAUUUGGACAAGAAGAUGUUUCGGAUGCAGAUGAGAGGGCUGCAAAAGACGCAAAUGCUUAUGAUUUUAUUAUGAACUUCCUGAGGUAAAAAUUCAACACCCUUGUUGGGCUAAGAGGUUCACAACUAAGUGGAGGACAAAAACAAAGGAUUGCAAUUGCUCGGGCUCUGGUGCGUAACCCUAAGAUCCUCUUGUUAGAUGAAGCCACUUCAGCCUUGGAUACGGAGAGUGAAGCUGUGGUUCAAGCUGCAUUAGAUAAGGCAAGUAAAGGACGUACUACGAUCAUCAUUGCCCACCGCCUGUCCACAAUUAGGACUGCAGAUGUGAUAGCAAGCUUUCAUAAUGGAGUUUUAGUGGAACAGGGUACACAUGCAGAACUGAUGCAAAAUAAAGGAAUUUACCAAUCACUCGUAGCAGCACAGACAUUGAAAAACACAGAGAAAAAUGAAAAAGAAAUAGAAAAUGAAAGAGCAACAGAUAAAAAUGAAUAUUUUCCUCACGUGUGUACAUUAUCCAAUUCAUCAAGCACAAAGAAUAUAUCUCAUGAUGAAACUGGAUUGAAGGAAAAUAAGACGGAGGAAGUAAAGCUCCCAUCAUUUUCACUUCUAAAACUUUUCAAGCUGAAUAAGUCAGAUUGGCCAGCCAUAGCUUUGGGAGUCCUAGCUGCAAUUAUCAAUGGAGGAACUCACCCUGCCUUUUGCAUUUUAUUUGCAAAGAUCAUUAAUGUCUUCACUCUGACUGACCCUAAUGUGAUCAGGCAACAAGCUGAUUUUUAUUCUAUCCUGUUUUUUGUCAUUGGUGUAUUUUCCUUUGUUACAUAUUUCUUACAGGGCUUUAUGUUUGGGCGAUCUGGGGAAACCCUCACAAUGAAACUGAGACAUAUGGCAUUCAAGGCAAUGUUACGCCAGGAGAUAGCUUGGUUUGAAGAGAAGGUAAACAACACUGGAGCCUUAACUACAAGGUUGGCAACAGAGGCAUCACAAGUCCAAGCAGCAGUAGGUUCAAGACUAGGACUGAUAGCACAAAACGUGGCAAGCAUGGGAUCUGCAAUUAUUAUUUCAUUCAUAUAUGGAUGGAAGAUGAGUUUGUUAGUCCUUGCUAUAGUGCCCAUCUUAGCUGUGGCUGGAAUGAUUAAGAUGAAAUCUCUAACUGGAUAUGCAAAUCACGAUAAAGAAGAACUUGAAGCUGCUGGAAAGGUAGCAACAGAAGCUGUGGAAAAUAUCCGCACUGUUGUUUCUCUCACCGUAGAACCGACUCUUGAAAGACUGUAUGAUGAAAAUCUGGAGAAGCCACACAGAAAUGCUAUAAAGAAGUCCCAGGUUUAUGGUGGUGCCUUUGCACUGAGCCAGGCUAUCCAGUACUUCAGCUAUGCUGCCAGUUUUCGAUUUGGUGCUUAUCUAAUAUCAACAAAUGAAAUGGAUGUGGAAAGUGUUUUUCUUGUUUUUAAUGCUAUUGUGUAUGGUGCCAUGGCAAUUGGACAAAGCAGUUCCUUUUCUCCUGACUAUGCCAAAGCAAAGAUUGCUGCAAUUAAUCUAUUUGCUCUGUUUGACCAUGUGCCACCUAUAGACAGCUACAGCACUGAAGGACAAACUUUGGACAAACUCAAUGGUGAACUGGAGUUCUCUGACACUUACUUCAGAUAUCAGAGUCGUCCAGAUGCACCAGUGCUUGAAAAGCUGUCAAUCAAGAUUGCAAAAGGACAAACGUUAGCACUAGUUGGCAGUAGCGGAUGUGGUAAAAGCACCUCAGUGCAACUCAUAGAAAGAUUCUAUGACCCAUUGAAGGGACAGGUGUUUCUGGAUGGAGUUGAUAUCAGAGACAUGAAUGUCCAAUGGCUUCGAUCCCAGAUUGGAAUUGUAUCCCAGGAGCCCAUUCUCUUCAAUUGUAGCAUUGCUGAGAAUAUUGCCUAUGGUGACAACAGUAGGAUUGUGUCACAGGAGGAAAUUGAGAAGGCAGCAAAAGCAGCGAAUGCUCACUCUUUUAUUGAACAACUCCCUGAUAUGUACAACACUAAAGUUGGAGAGAAAGGCAUCCAAUUAUCAGGUGGACAAAAACAACGAGUAGCAAUUGCACGAGCCCUCAUACGUGAACCAAAAAUUCUGCUGCUAGAUGAAGCAACAUCUGCACUUGAUACAGAGAGUGAACAGAUUGUUCAAGAGGCUCUUGACAAAGCAAGGGAAGGAAGGACAUGUGUGGUGAUUGCUCACCGUCUGACAACGGUACAGAAUGCUGAUGUGAUAGCUGUUAUUCAUAAUGGUAAAGUAAUGGAAAAGGGUACACAUGAACAACUAUUAGCAAAUAAUGGGGCUUAUUAUAAUCUAGUAAAUGCCCAGAUCAUUCAAUGAAAUGACAUUUUCAUUUUGUAGAAAACAGAACAGUACAGCAGUGGACAGGCCAUUCAGCCCAAAAUGUUAUGUUGAUCUUGAUGCUAAAUGUCCUCCUCCUAUGUAUCAUCCACAUCCCUCCAUUCCAUUCAUAUUCAUGUGUCUAUCUAGAAGCCUCUUAAACUCCACCAAGCUGCCUGAUUCCACUACUACCCCAGUAACCUAUUCCAGGCACCUACCACUCUCUGUGUAAAACAAAGUGUCCCUCACACUGCCUUUAAACUUCCCCCUCUACCCUUAACAGCAUGUCCUCUGGUAUUUGACACUUCUACCCUGAGGAACAGAUUCUGACUGUCUACCCUACCUAUGUUUCUCAUAAUUUUAAAAACCUCCAUCCAGUCUCCCCUCAGCCUCUGACGUUCUAAGGAGAACAACCGGAGUUCGUCCAAUCUUUCCUUAUAGCUCAUAUCCUCUAAUCCAAGCAACAUCCUGGCAAACUUCGUCUGUACCCUCUCCACAGUCUCCACACCCUGGGCGAGCAGAACUGCCAGCAAUACACCAGGUGUGGUCUGACUAAAGUUUUAUAUAGCUGCAGCAUGACUUCCAUACUCUAAAACUCAACACCCCUUCCAAUGAAGGCAAGCAUUCCAUAUGCCUUCUUUACCACCUUAUUCACUUGUGUAGCCACUUUCAGUGAACUAUAGACCUGGUCCCCAAGAUCCUUCUGUACCUCAAUGCUAUUAAGGGGCCUACUAUUAACUGUAUACUUUCUCCUUUCAUUUGACCUCCCAAAGUGCAACACCUCACACUUGCCCAGAUUAAAUUGCCACUUCUCUGCACAUAUCUGUAUCUGAUGUAUCCCACUGUAUUCUUUGAUCAUCCCUUACACUGUCCAUAACUCAACCAAUCUUAGUGUCAUCCGCAGACUUGCUAAUCCACCCAUCUACAUUUUCAUCCAAAUCAUUGAUAUAUAUCACAAACAACAGAGGUCCCAGCACUGAUCCUUAUGAAACACCACUGGUCAUGGACCUCCAGCCAGAAUAACAGCCUUCCACCCCUAUUCUCUAUCUUCUAUGGACUAAACGGUUCUGAAUCCAAACUUGCAAUUCACCCUGGAUCCCAUACAUCUUCUGAAUCAACCUACCAUGAGGGACCUUGUCAACUGCCUUACUAAUGUCCAUGUAGAUAAUGUCCACUGCCCUACCCUCAUCAAGCCCCUUCAUCACCUCCUCAAAUAACUUGAUCAAGUUUGUAAGAUGUGACCUGCCCUGCACAAAGCCAUGUUGACUGUCCCUAAGCAGGCCAUGCUUUUCCAAAUGUGCAUAAAUCCUAUCCCUCAGUAUCCUCUCCAAUAGCUUCCCUUCCACUGACACGAGGUUUACUGUCCUAAUUACCUGUAUUAUCUCUUUUUCCCUUCUUGAACAAAGGCACACCAUUUGCUACUCCCCAGUCCUCCGGGACCUUGCCUGUUGUUAGUGAUGUUACGGACUCAGUGAAAGUCCCUUUAAGAUAGAGAGUGUGUGUGUAUGUGUGUGUGGGGCGUGCUUACAUCAAUAGAAGAUAAAGGACGUAAUGACGUUGUUGAAGAAGUCAGAAGAAGAAGAAGAAAGAGAGAGAGAGAGAAAGGAGAGAGACACCAGCCUGCUUGUUUUCUCUAUCGAUGGAUGAGAAACAAUAACUGUGUUUGCCACUGAAAUCCAUGUAUGGAAGUUGGAAGUAAUCCGGUGGAGUUCACUUUGUUGCUGACCUGUAGAAGGAAACAGGUAUUUGUAUGUGGACGACCACGGUUCGGAUGCUUUCGGGGUGAGGAAGUCACUACCGAGUAAACACUGAAGUGUCGUUUGGGUUCCAUCAUGGAACAUUUGGAUUUCGUAUGUACUCUCUCUAUGUUUUUCUACAUCUACGUCUUAUCUUCAGACAACGGUGGUUGUUGAAGAAGCCCUUGCUCAUGUUUCACCUUAUGGCUUGCGGAACUGAACUUUAAGAACCAUUCCGAAACUGGGAGUUUUGGACUUUGUCACACACACACACGAAGAGUUUAGUUUUGGGGUUAACGUUCGAGGUUUAACAUUCUUGAAUUCUAACAUACUAACAUUUUUACUUUUAUUUUACGUAUUAUCAUAAGUAGUGAUUAAUAAAAUAGUUUUUAACACUAAAUCAUGCUCAGUGUGUUUCUAUUGUUGCUGGUUCGUGACAAAAUUGGGGGCUCGUCCGGGAUCCAAUCCAAAGAUUUUUGAGGGAGGUCUGAUAAAUUCUUUUUAAUUGGCUUGUGUGUGUGGAAACCAGCAGCAAUGGAUAUUAAGGCAUUUUUGGAGUCACCAACCCAAAAGGGAUUGGAGGUGGCGAAAAAGGAUGAUCUGAUAAAGAUUGCUACAAGGUUAAACCUUACAGAAGUAAAGCAGUCUAUGAGAAAGGCAGAUAUUCAGAGACUGAUAGCUGGCCAUUAUGUGGAAAAGAAGGUGUUUGAGAAGGAAGUGUUAAAACAGUUUCCUGGCAGUGAAAUAGCAAUUUCUGAGGCACAGGUGCAGCUGGCAAAGAUAGAGGCUGAACGAGAACAAACCCAGUUAAAGAUAGAGGCCGAACGAGAUUACAGGAAAGUGAAUGCUGUAACAAAGUCAGAUGCUUAUCCUGUUCCUAGGGUGGAUGAUUGCAUAGAUAGAGUGGGAAAGGCAAAAUUUCUUACAAAGAUUGACCUAUUAAAAGGGUAGCAGGAUAAUCAUUAACAUUACUAACUGUAUGCGCGGUUAAAAUUUUCUUGGGAAAAUUUUUUUUAGGUGGGAGGUGUUACGGACUCAGUGAAAGUCCCUUUAAGAUAGAGAGUGUGUGUGUAUGUGUGUGUGGGGCGUGCUUACGUCAAUAGAAGAUAAAGGACGUAAUGACGUUGUUGAAGAAGCCAGAAGAAGAAGGAGAGAGAGAGAGAAGGGAGAGAGACACCAGCCUGCUUGUUUUCUCUAUCGAUGGAUGAGAAACAAUAACUGUGUUUGCCACUGAAAUCCAUGUAUGGAAGUUGGAAGUAAUCCGGUGGAGUUCACUUUGUUGCUGACCUGUAGAAGGAAACAGGUAUUUGUAUGUGGACGACCACGGUUCGGAUGCUUUCGGGGUGAGGAAGUCACUACCGAGUAAACACUGAAGUGUCAUUUGGGUUCCAUCAUGGAACAUUUGGAUUUCGUAUGUACUCUCUCUAUGUUUUUCUACAUCUACGUCUUAUCUUCAGACAACGGUGGUUGUUGAAGAAGCCCUUGCUCAUGUUUCACCUUAUGGCUUGCGGAACUGAACUUUAAGAACCAUUCCGAAACUGGGAGUUUUGGACUUUGUCACACACACACACGAAGAGUUUAGUUUUGGGGUUAACGUUCGAGGUUUAACAUUCUUGAAUUCUAACAUACUAACAUUUUUACUUUUAUUUUACGUAUUAUCAUAAGUAGUGAUUAAUAAAAUAGUUUUUAACACUAAAUCAUGCUCAGUGUGUUUAUUUUGUUGCUGGUUCGUGACAGUGAGGACACAAAGAUCCUUGUCAAAGCCCCAGCAAUCUCCUCACUUGCUUCUUUCAAUAUUCUGGGAUAUAUGCCAUCAGGCCCUGGGGACUUAUCCACCUUAAUGUUUUUCAGAAAACUC